AUGUUCCUAGGUUCCUGUUUUAUAAAUUAUGCAGCACGUAAGAAUAGUAAAGAAGCGGCCGAACUUCUUAUUUCACGUGGUGCAAAAAUCAAUGAAAAAAAAAUAAUGAUGGAGAAACAGCUCUUCAUUUUGCAGCAUUUUAUAAUUAUAAAGCAAUCGUUGAACAUCUUCGUUCACAUGAUGCAAUUACCAAUGAUAAAGAUCUAUAUGGACGAACUGCUAUUCAUUAAAUCCAAUAUGAUUUUGCUUGUUUAA